AUGUCGAUGCCAAUGUGGGUUGUUCAUACCACCUAUGCGGAGAACCUUCAAUCUAAACACGACGAUGGCCUCCUUACUCCAACUCUCGUCUGUCUUGUUCUUUCCGCAUUUGUAGCUACCAAUGGUAGAUCACCCCUAUUGAGCAAUCGCUUAGCAGUCGAUAUUCCUCGGGACUGUUAG